CUUGGAGCUUGUAUGCUGCGUUGUGUUUACGUGCCGAGUCGCAGUCGGACAUGUUGCAUAUUUACACACAACUACGAUUAUGUUGAAGGAAAACAACAUUUAAAGCUAGCUACGGUUGGGUUGAAGGAAAACAACAUUUGGAACACGACACUUGGAGCUAACUAUGGUUAUGUUGAAGAAAAAGAACACUUGGAACUAACUAUGGUUAUGUUGAAGAAAAACGACACUCGGAGCUAACUAUGGUUAUGUUGAAGAAAAACGACACUUGGAGCUAACUAUGGUUAUGUUGAAGGAAAACGACACUUGGAGCUAACUAUGGUUAUGUUGAAGUAAAAGAACACUUGGAGCUAACUAUGGUUAUGUUGAAGAAAAACGACACUUGGAGCUAACUAUGGUUAUGUUGAAGGAAAACGACACUUGGAGCUAACUAUGGUUAUGUUGAAGAAAAAGAACACUUGGAGCUAACUAUGGUUAUGUUGAAGAAAAAGAACACCUGGAGCUAACUAUGGUUAUGUUGAAGAAAAACGACACUUGGAGCUAACUAUGGUUAUGUUGAAGAAAAAGAACACUUGGAGCGAACUAUGGUUAUGUUGAAGAAAAACGACACUUGGAGCUAACUAUGGUUAUGUUGAAGAAAAAGAACACUUGGAGCGAACUAUGGUUAUGUUGAAGAAAAAGAACACUUGGAGCUAACAAUGGUUAUGUUGAAGAAAAAGAACAGUCUGCGAGAUUGAAGGUAAAUUCUCCUGCAACUGCUUCUGUGUAUUGUUCCAUGUGUGCAGUGUUGCAGUGCAUGUACUACUCACUCAUCAUGGCUUCUUCACCCAUGGUCAUUGGCAACCAGCUCAUCCUGGAAGAGGACUUUGAUGAAAACUAUAAUCCCUCUGAACAAGAGAUUAACAAGUAUGCAAGGGAGAUAGGAAUUGAUCCUGACAAAGAAGAGGAGCUGAUGUGGUUGGCCAAAGAGGGGAUUGUUGCUCCACUUCCACCAGAGUGGAAGCCUUGCCAAGAUGUUACAGGCGACAUCUAUUAUUACAAUUUCUCUUUCGGUGAGUCCACCUGGGAUCAUCCCUGCGACCAACACUACCGCCGGCUGGUUAUUCAAGAACGUGAACGUGUCCAGCGCGCUGCUGCUGUUGGAUCAGGGACCAAGAAAAAGAAAAAAGAGAAAAAAGAGAAAAACAAGAAGGACUCAGUCAGACCUACUGGUGGUCAAAAGAGUUUGGCUUUGGCGUCCUUGCAAUCAACACGGGGAUGCCUGCUUCCUCUCAGUGGUCUUGAUGCUCCUGUGCUUGGCCCAAUAUCUGCCUCUGGAUCUGCUUCUGUCUUUUCUCGCUCACUUGGAUCAGGGGGACUGGAACCUCUCAAAGCACCUGGGCUUCUCGGGGGUCUGUGUAGCAGUGCCUUUUCUAGCCUUUCAAGCAACAAGAAUGAAGAAAAGGUGUUUCUUACCUUGCCUGGUUUUGAUGAGGGCGACGACAUCUUAGAACAUGAGUCAAGCCAGAGGUCUUCGGACAAGCAAAUAAUGAGCCACCAUCUGGACCUGGGUGACUUCAGAAAAGGUGUUCAAUAUGAGGAAAGUGAGGCUAGUGCUGCAGCAAGGGCAAAGGACAGAACACUUUCUGGAGGACACAACUCUGAGCCUCCCUCACGACAAAACUCUGAAGCCAGUGAUAUCAUGAAGAGUACAUCAUCCAUAAAUGUGAAGCUGUCGGAAAAUGUAUUUGACUUCAACGAUAUGUCGAGCUCUGUGAGUCUACUGGAGCAAAACUACGACAGAGACAAUGUGAUGGAUGCGAUGGGAAAGUAUAGCAAGGUUGAGGCUGCCAAGAGGAAUGUACUGUCCACAGACAAGAAAGAAGUUACAGUUUCAAAAGGCGAACAACUUGUGGUAGCUCAGGCCCUCUCUUCACACACGGAAGUAGACCUUCUGAAACAACCCGCUGCUGAACGUCUAUGCUCAGCUGACAACCUGCAGAGACCUGAAACUUCUCGAGGUCGGCUGUGCCGAACGUCCAACACGCAAGUGAAAGCAUUGGAAACCUCCAGAUGCAACUUUGUGCAAACAUUGGAAAAAGAAUCCAAUUUUGCAAUCUGGAAAAAUGAGGAAGAAGGCGAAAGGGAGGUAGAAAAUGAGUGGGUGAGGGCUGAAAAAGAGGAGAAUCUAAAAGUGAGAAAGAAAGAUGGAGAACUACAGAGUGGUGAUGCGAGUCAGAAAGGGGACGAGGACACAGAUCAAUUCAUUAAGGAGAAGAAGAAGAAGAGAUCCAUUUUUCCCCAGGAGGCAUUGUUCAGCAAGGAGAAAGAGUGUUUAAAGGAGGAGAGGGCAAUAUCUCGCUUCCGUAAGGAGUUGAAGAGAGAAGAAGAUGCAGAGAAGGAGCAAUUUACUCGGGAGAAGGAGAAGAGACCAGCUUUAUUCCAGCAGGAAGAGGUGAAGCUUGAAGAAGAGGGUGAAGAAAAACUGAGGGAGGAGAGCGACAUUAUGCUGAAAGAUUUACGUAUGGCACUGGAAGAAGAAAAGAAGGUGGAGGCUCAGAAGAGGCUGGACAUUGAGCGUAUGAAGGCUGAGUCAGGAGACGAGCUGCCAGCAGAGACAACCAAAGUGCAUGAGGAGAAAAUGAAUUAUUUAAAGCAAGAGGUGAUCACCUCAGAGAGAACUUGUAGAGAGCUGAUUCUUCCACAUCCUCAACAGCAGCUCACAGAAUACCACAAAGAGCUGUCUGAUUUGCUCCUGGAAGUGCGAGAGGACGUGCAGCGUGAGCAUGAGAAGAAGCUGGUGCACCUGAGGCAGGAACACAGGAGAGAGCUCAACAACAUCAGGGAGAAGCAACUGGAAGAGGAACGUGUUCAGAGAGAGCAGUUGUUUCGUACUCUGCAAGAAGACAGAGAGCUUUUGCAGGCCUCACAUGAUCAUCAACUGGAGAAACUGCGCAUUCAGCUUCACAAUGAGAUGGAGAAGGCCCAGCUGACAUACUCGCAGAAGCAAUCAGAGCUUCAACAUUACAUCGACCAGUUAGAGCUGAAAACCAAAGACCUGAAGAGAGAUGAGGAAAUUCUCCAGAGCAAGGCAGAAGAUUUGAACAGAAAGAGGAAGAUGCUUGGCGGGGAAGAGGAGGAUGUAGAUCGACAGACAACAACUUUGCAGCAACUGAUGUUGGAGAGAGACCAGCUCAGGCUAGAGAUUGAAAGGAUGAGGGAAGAUCAAAGUGAAGAAGUCCUUAAUAAAAUGCGAGAGGAAAGAAACAAGGCUCAACAAGAAAAGGAGAGGUUGAGGGAAGAGAUAGACAAAGUCAUGGAGGAAAGGGAGAAGUUGAAGGAAGAAAAGCAGCAAUUGGAGAGCAAGGUGGCGCUGUAUCAGGAACAGUGUGAGCGUCUCAGUCGCAGAGUCAGUGAGUUGGAAACACAGGACGGACAAAGUGUCUUCAGACGAAAGAAGGAGAAAAAGAAGAGCACGUCACUUUCCAAUGGCCGAGCAGCCUCACCCCGACAUGGAGAUGAGCUGGAGGAGACUGUUUCCUCUGCUGCACCUGACAGCUGCAGCGACAUGCUGAAGUUCAACUAUUCUCAUAACUCAGCUAUUCAAAGGACAAGAACACUUCUGGAGAAAGAAAGCCACCAACUAAUGGAAAGACAGGCAACUCUUCUUGUGGCCCAAAGUAACAACACUCCGCAAGCCAACCAUGGAGGAGGGAUGACUGAACAAAAGGAGAUAAGACAUUUGUCUGAGCUGUCACAGAUGGUCAUCAGUGGAAACCCCCUGAAAACAGAAGAAGUGAGCUCAGUAGCUCAGAAGUCAUUGCUUCAAGAUGCUGUCCUGCCGGCUGGGCAGAGGAAGGUCACCUUUAAUGUGACAGAAGAUUCAGAGCUCAGCAGCACUGGUGACCCGUCUAAUGAGACAGGAGGCAAUCUGGCCUUUCUGGCCAAAGUCCAGGAGUUAGCGGAGUCCCAACAGCAGAUCUCAGGCCAGCUCAACACUGUGUUGGGGGCUCUGGGAUCAUUAGCCCAGAGGCAGAGCAGCACGUCCCUGCCAGCCUUCACCACAGUCCUGUCUAAUUCUGCUGCCACGAGGUCUUCACCCUUUCUACCACAAGUUCCCAUUGUAGGCCCCAUAUCUCUAGACCAACCUAGGCCACUCUGGAAGGCGUCCAACAUGGGUGGCCUUGGCCUCGCCAACUUUGUGGCCAGCUCUUCUCCAGCUGGUCUGACAACUUUGGGAGAUGUUGCACACCGCAGAUGGACAGACUUCUUUCCUGAAGGUGUAGAACUCAAGUCCAGCAUCUCCAGGUCACCAUACUCCUCCUACACGCCUGCUAGCCUGCACCUGCAGAAAACAGUGAAAGUGGAUGGCCAGAAGCUGCAGAAGCUGAUAGAAAGCAACAAGCGGUGGUUAGAGAUGCGGAAGAAAGACCCCAGCGUACCUUUGCUCACUCGCUAUCGGCCUUCUUCCUCCUCCCAGAACAACCUGGUCCAGCUGGGUCUGGACGACAACAACCAGAUUAAAGUCUACCAUUACUGAGGACAGCAGGGUCUGUGGAUUCAAGGAACUUUAUCUUCAUACCAUGAGACACUUGGUAUUUUUCUUAGGUUGAAGAAGUGUCAGACUUAUUUUGAUUGGUAACAUGGUAUGCAUUAGUUAGUAGACUCCGACUGUUGUGUAUCUUCUAUUUUCCAGUGUUAGAGAAGAAGUUCUAUCUGUCCCACUGGCUCUGUCUUUCUAUUUGAAGUUGAACAAUUACUGCUCUCAUUAUGGGCUGGAUGAGUGUUUUACUAUGCGCUUCUCCCUAUUUUCUCAAUGGACCUUUUGUAAACGAGACACAACCUUGUACGUGUUGUCAUGGAGAUGUGUUAUUUCUGGAUGACACUUGUUGUAGAGUGCUGUCAUGUGACGUGUUUACUACAAAUAUUGUGUGUGUGACGGCAGAACAACUCAAUCCAUUUAUUAAAAUUGAAUACUUUUUUUUUUC